ACACAAGAGAUACAUGACUGGAAAGAUGUGCGCGAGAUUAGCUGGGAGCUGGCUGAUAAUCCGGCCAAAUGGUAUGUGUUCCGAUCCACAGAAUGUGAAUGUAGUGAUGUGGAUGGAGAUGUUCGCCCAUUUAAACGUGUCGUAAAAGGCGAGAAAUUCAAGUACAUAACUGUGCCAUUGCCCGGCAUAACACUUUACAAACGUCGCACACAGACCCAGGACGAUGCAUCUUGA